UUCUCCCUUUCAUGCCCAUACAUAUACGCACUUAUGCCUCCCUCCCCUCUCGCUCACUCACACUUCUCAAUCUCUUUUCCCAAGCCUUUCUCUCUCUAGUCUCUAGCUAGCAUCUCCAUAGCUACUGUCUACUGCUUCGUCGGCAAUGGCGAAAAGCCGACCGGCCAUCCUCCUGUCCAUGGCAUUUGCUGCUGUGGCGAUUGUGGCACUGGCCCCGGCGCCGGUGGCGGCAACCAAGUAUAACAUCACCAAACUCCUAGCGCCGUACAAGGAGUUCUCCAAGUUCAACGAGAUGAUGUCCAAGACGCGGCUAGCGUACGACAUCAACCGGCGGCAGACAAUCACCGUGCUGGUCGUCGACAACUCGGCGAUGUCGGCUCUGGACCACUACUCGCUACAGACAAUCCGGCACAUCCUCUCCCUGCACAUCCUUGUCGACUACUACGGCGACAAGAAGCUCAAGAAGCUCUCCCACGGCUCCACCGCAGCCUCGUCCAUGUUCCAGGCCACCGGGUCGGCGUCGGGCAUGUCGGGCUACGUGAACAUCACCCGCAAGGACGGCAAGGUCAACUUCAUGACGGAGGACGCCGACGACAGCGCGAAGCCGUCCCGGUACGUGAAGUCCAUCAAGGAGUACCCCUACGACAUCGCCGUGCUGCAGGUGAGCUCCAUCAUCUCCUCUGCGGAGGCUGAGGCCCCCGUCCCGCCGCCGGCGCCCGUCGACCUCGUCGAGCUCCUCUCCAAGAAGUACUGCAAGUCCUUCGUGUCCCUCCUCUCCGCCAACGCUGAUGUGUUCCGCGCCGUCAACGAGACCAAGGACAACGGGCUCACGCUCUUCUGCCCUGUCGACUCCGCCGUCGCAGCGUUCUCGGCCACGUACAAGAACCUCACGGCCAAGGCCAAGACGGCCAUCCUGCUCUACCACGCCGUGCCGGACUACUUCUCGCUGCAGUUGCUCAAGUCUAACAAUGGCAUGGUCACCACGCUCGCCACCGCCAGCGAGAACAAGAUGGACUACAGCUACGACGUGCAGAACAAGGGCGAGACCGUCACGCUCCAGACCAGGGUCGUCACCUCCAGCAUCACCGCCACAGUCGGCGACAUGGAGCCUCUCGCCGUGUACGCCGUGAACAAGUUCCUGCAGCCCAAGGAGCUGUUCAAGGUCGUUGAGGCGCCGGCGCCCGCGCCGGAGCCGUCCAAGAAGAAGGGCAAGGCUGCCGACACGGGUGACGACUCGUCCGACGGUUCGGAAGAUGAGACGGCCGACAAGGGCGACGCCGCACCGGCUGUACUCGUACGGUGGGUGACCGCGGCCGCGAUGGUGGUAUCUGCGUUUGCGUUGAUGGGUUAAAGAGUCGAGCCGAUUUUUUUUUUAAAUUUAAUUAAUGAUGCUCGGUUAAGAUGAAAAUAAGAACGAAAUGCAUUGUUCUGCUUCCCGUAGGGAAAAGUUGAGGAACUUAGAAGAAGUAUGGUUUGCAGUGCUUUGAGUUUUUGUCAUUUGGUUUGAUAUCAAUGUAAUUAUUUUGUAAUUAAUAUAAUUGUCAAAGAGUUCGUAAAGAA